AUGCAAUCUCUUCUAAAUUCUUUUUCUGACUUUACCGCUUUAAUUUUCAGGUAUCCAGAGGAAGAAAAUGAUUGCUGUCUGUUCUUUUCAACCAAUGAUUUUAGUCAAAAAGUGCAUUUUGACGUGAAAGCUGAAAGUAAAACUCCGGUUUCGCAAGUUGUUCGCAUGAAGAAAGCGCCAAAUGCGCCAAUUAGUCCAGCUGACGAACACUCCGCCUGGAUACUUGAACAUCGCACAGUGGCAACGGCCAGGGUGGGUGGCUCUCCCACGGAGCUGCUACACGUUUGCAUACAUGCUCGGAAACAGAUGUCCACGUUACGUAUAGCACUUCGGCUUCCAGUCAGCAUCACAACCAUGCUUAUGCUAGCAUCGCCACUUUUCGGACAUCUCAAUAUGCAACUUUAUGUGAAACUUUUUGCGCUCUCUUUACAAACCAUAUCGUUUCUGUUCCUUUGUUCCAUUGCACCCGAAAAUGGCUUCGGAAAGACGAAACCAAAAAUCUGUAAGUAUAUUUUUCUCAAUACAUUCUUUGAAACGGUUGUAAUAUUGACAAUAAUUAGCAUAAUGGUGAAUUUGAUUGCAAUAGCACUGAGUCGUGUGCGUCGUACAGUACCACCAAGGCAUGGUUUAUAUCUGGCGGCCAAAGUGGUAAAUCGUCUUGUCUGCUGCAUUGGAACAAACUUCGAAAACUCGCAACCGGAUUACACCACCGAGUGGCGGCAUAUCUACAUUGCCGUUAACAACCUUUAUUCGGCAUUCGCUUUAGCAGUAUUUAUUUUUGUUGCUGCUUUUGAAAUUUUAUGAUG